AUGUCCCAGCAAGAGCAAAUUUCCGCCAAGUACGCCUGCACUACAUGUGCGCGAAGAAAGGUCGGCUGCGACAGAGCUCUUCCAUCCUGUGGCAAUUGCGUCAAACACCAAGCAGAAUGUCGCUACGAAGAACCCCAGCCGUCCCAACGCCACCGCAAACGAAAGGCAGACGUCGAGCUCAUAGCCCGGAUCACGCAGCUGGAAGAACUACUGCGCAAGAACAGCAUCGAUCCUGGAGCCGGUGUCGAUAUCAACGAGCUUACGCCGCAGUACAAGACCGAGGAGAAGCAGCUGCCCAUCCUCAGUUCAAAGCCCGCAGCGAAAGCGCCGCCCUUUCCAUCUGAGGCCACCGAACUAUUGAGUGGAUACGCAAAGUCAAAGGUACUCUGGGCAUGA